AUGGAAAGCAGUCAAGGGCAAAACGUUCAGUUCAUACCUGUGAAUAAACCUUUACGACGUGUUCAGAUUGAGUCAUGUCCAGUUGAAUCAGUAUAUGAUCUACGUGAAGAUGAUGAAUCUGAUGUUUACGAUGAUGCAAGAGCAUUCCGUCGACCUCGUUCUAACAGCUCCGAUUUUUUGAUCUUACGCAAGACAUCACGUCCCGUAUCAGUUGAUGUUGUUGGUUUUUUAGAUAAUCAUUCUGAUCCUUACAAGCAAUAUAUGGAAGUAGUCGACUGCUAUGAACUUGCACCUCAUGCUGGCCGAGUAAUUUUGAUAGAUAGUAAAAUGACACUACAGCAAGCGUAUAAAGUUUUCAUUGAAUGGAACAUCAGUUCAGCAGUUGUGUGGUGUAGCAAACUUGAACGUGUCACUGCUGUACUCAGUCUAACUGAUUUUCUUGUCUCACUUUUCUCAGAUGAUAACAAAGAAUCAGUAAGUGUUGAAGAAACUGUCUCAGGUAAAAACCUUGUCUGGCUCGACUCUUCUUGCAAGUUGCUGGAAGCUUGUUAUGAAUUUUUCUCCAGUCGCGUUCGUCGCGUAGUUAUAGCCUCUGACCAUUCUGGUGAUGUACUUUUUUUACUUACUAUUAAGCGUGUUUUGCAAGCAGUUCAUAAACAGAAUCGGUCUUUGCAUUUUGCCUCUUGGCUUAAUUGGGAGAUCAAAAAAUCGAAGAUAGGCACAUGGAAAAAUUUGCAUACAGUAACUAUUAAUGAAACGAAUAAUUUGGAAACAGCAGCUCGGAAAAUGCUUGAGCAUGACAUUUCCAGUCUUCCCAUACUUAAUACAAAUAACUAUCCUGUGGAUGUGUUAACUAAAACAGACAUCGCUUAUGCUUUAGCGAACGCUAAAAAUUUUAAGGAACAAUGUCGGAAAUUGACUGCAAUUGAUGUAGUCAGAAAUAGACAACCAAUGCGAUUUCUCUAUGAAACGAAUAAUGUGAACCAAAUUCUUGAUUUUGCUCUAAGUCGCAAAGACUGUCAAUGUGUUUUUGUUACUAGUCCUACAAGUGGACAGUUAACUGGAGCCAUAUCUUUGUCCGAUUUCAUGGCAUACAUCCUUAACAACGGUCCUGCUCCCGUCAGUGAAAAAUGGAAGUCAAAUCAUCAAUGA